GUCCUGACUAAUUAAUUAGGUUGCAAUUAGUAACGAUUUAGCUCCACCGUAAUCCCAUUGACACCUAGCUUAGCCUCCAUCAUCCUGGCUGCCUUGCUUCCUCUAUAAAAAGGCUAAGCUCUGCACCCAUCACCCUCCCCCUUCCCUUUAGCUUUGCAACCAUCUCCAUCAGUUGCUCUCUCUUCUCUUCUCCUAGCUCCUAACUAAGAGGUAACACACAGUCACACACUGCCAUGGCCGGAGUUCAGAGCGGGAGCAGCAGUGCCACCCCAUGUGCCUCCUGCAAGCUUCUGCGGCGGCGGUGCGCUCGGGACUGCGUGUUCGCGCCCUACUUCCCGCCGGAGGACCCGCAUCGGUUUGCCACCGUGCAUCGGGUCUUCGGUGCCAGCAACGUCAGCAAGAUGCUACAGGAGCUCCCGGUUGCGCAGCGGGCUGACGCAGUGAGCAGCCUGGUGUACGAGGCCACGGCGAGGAUGCGCGACCCUGUCUACGGCUGCGCUGGCGCCAUCUCCUACCUCCAGCAGCAGGUCGCCCAGCUCCAGGCGCAGCUCGCGGUUGCACAGGUCGAGAUCCUCCAGCGCAUCCACCACCCGUCUCCCGGCGCUGCAUUCCAUCUGCAAGAGCUUCAGCAGCGUCCGGAGCAGCACCAGCUAAUGCAGAUGGACUAUGAUGACAAGGUGUACAGUAGCCUCGUCAUGCAGAAUGAUCUGAUGAGCACGCUGCUGCUGCAGGAGGCGUGCCUUAAGAAAGAGUCCCUAUGGACAUGAUCAUUAUGUGUGAUAAUUGUCUAGUGUUCCUGCUUUGAUUCAUAAAAUGUUUUCUCUGCUUCUGUAAUUUUCUGAGAAUUGGGAAAUUGAGAAGAAAGUUGAUUUAA